AUGCCCAAAAGCACAACAGAAGAACUCACAAGGUCGAGUGACAAACGCCCCCGAAGUUCUAGCAGAUCAACCAACGCGCCCCUCCAUUUUACCUUCCACAAGCCAGGAUGCCAUGUCGAGAGCUGCUGUGGGGUCUGCAACCUCUUCCCAGGAGUACUCCUGAUAGCCUUCUGCCAGGUUCUGGUGGGAUCUGUCCUGCUAACCUUGAUCCUUACUCACGGGAAGCAGUACGAUGAAAUGCAUCUAACUCCAACUUCACAGUUUAUGAGCCUGGCUACCGGCGCAGUGCUGAGCGGCGUCACAGGUGCCGGCCUUCUGCUGAUCGUGGUGGCUCUCACCGAGAACUGCAGGGCGAUGCUAGUGUACCUUCUGGUUGCGUCUCUGGUUUGGUUGGCAAUCAUGUCUCUUGCGGUCUGCAAGAUAAGUAGAGCCUGCGUGAGGUUCCAAGAUGCGCCAAAGAUAAAAGACGAGCAACAUCGGCUGGCUAACCUAGCUUGCGUUAGUGGACUGUGUACGUUUAUCGGAGCAAUUCUUUACUUCUUCUCUUUCGUGGUGGUUUUCAGUUUCUACCAUUUCCGCUACGUGCGCCGCGCCAUACUGAUGCACGAGGCAGAAUGUGAAUAACAAAAUAUACUCUACAAUAAUAUUACAAGACUCUUGUAUAAAGGUCGCCAUUGACGGUCAAUUUUUCUCACGUUUCUG